AUGAGCUCAAACUACACGACCAACAAUACCUCCGCCUCAUUCAUUUGUCCCUACAUGAUCUCUUCACAAGACGCUGGUCUCGGAUUCCUCUGUGCGUGCUUGGGUGGUAUUCUUGGCAUUCUCUUUCUCGUUCCAACUCCCAUCUUGACCAAAUUAUUACAUCGAAAGACAUUAUGGAAAUUUGAAAAUUCAUGGAUUCAAAUCAGUUUCUUUGCAUUGGUAUUUUGGCCAAUCGUUGCACUCUUUUGUCAAGGACUGGUCCCCAUCUCUUCGCUCGAAUAUUAUUUCACAACAUCAUUGAAUGGAACUCGAUUAAAUUCCACCACCACGAGUUCAACAAUGAUUGUUACAGGUGGUAGUGGCACCACUACGACCGAUCAAGUCGCCAUGUUUCAAGCAGAGGAUUGGGUGAGUGUGAUUAUUGCACAUUGUUUUUGGGUGUUAUUGAGCUUUUCGACUUGGGCACUUGCCACAGAAUGGAUUGGAUUUGGAUGGAGUACCAAAAUGGUGUAUGGAGUGGGUGUGUUUUUUGUGAUGAUGGCUCAUUGGAUUGCUGGAACUGAUAUUGAUUAUAUUUGGAGUAACAAUGAUGCAACUUCGUAUCCUGUCAUUCUCCCUGUACCUGUUCAAUACCAUUUUUAUGUGAAUAGUUCCAAGGGAAUUGUGUAUUGUAUUGCAAUUCCUGUCAUGUUAAUUGGAUUAAUUUCACUAGCCAUUGCAUAUGUAUUUGUAGAGAGAAACACUCGUGAACAACGAACUGAACUUGAAAUGAGUACUGGCAGUGGAAGAGAACACAUGACUGCAGCAGUGAAUUGGACCGAAGUGGCAAAAAAAGAAGCAAAUAGUAAUAAGAAUGUUGCAAGAACCAUCAAAAUGAGAGUAGUGAUCAAAUUCUAUAUUGCCAUGUUUGUCACUGUAUUAGCUUCCAUCUUGUACUUUUUAUAUGAAGGAGCAUUCUUAGCCAAUGUGACCAAUCAUUCAUUUUCAUUGAUGACCAAGUUGCAGAAAGUGAAAAAUCCAAAUGAUGAUCCAUCCUCUUCUUCUACAUCCACUCCUCCGCUCAAUCAGUUCCAAUCGAAGGUUUUUAUUAAUGGAAUUUCAUUUCCCAUUUCAUACUGUUUCGUUUUCAUUGCGUGUGUCUUGCUCUUGUUGUACAAUCGAACCAUUAAGAAAAUGGCUCUUUGCUCAGGUGGAUGUGUCUGUAUGUCAGGUCAGAACAUUCGAGGUUAUCGAAUUUUGGGAUUAAUAAGUUCCUUCUUUCAAGGAUUAAUUUGGUAUGGAAGUAUUUUACUGUUAAAUUAUGCAGAGUACUUGUUUAAGGGAAGAGGAAGUUUUCCAAUAUUGGUCUAUUCAUUCUUUGCCAUUGUGACUUCCAUGAUUUGUGGAUUAAGUUUUUUGGAAUUGAGAGGAACAUUAUUGCCUGAACGAGUGGUCAUUAUCAUUUCAUAUAUUUGUAUUUUGGCUGCCUUAAUAUUGUUAUCGUACGCAGCAUUUCCCUCACAUUUCAUUAACUUGAUAGGAGCUAAUUGUCCUCAAUAA